CUAAAGUCCUUUAGGUUGGCCAUAAAUUGAAGGUUUUCCCACUGACCACAGCACUUCAGCGGUCCAUUUAGAUUGUCCAGCAUGGAUUUCAUCAGAACGGUGGUGGCUUUCACCUUGUUAGCUGUGCUCGGGCAGGCAGCAGUAGUGACUGAGAAUGGACUUCCUUUUCACUGGGACAAAGCCCCAAACGAACUUUCCAAGCUGGACACAGUUGAUGGGGUGAUCCAGGUAAAACCAUGGGACUACUUACAGAGGAUGGCCUUGUACAAGCUACUGAUCAAUUCCACUGAUCCCUACAUGAGCUCCAUGGGCCCUGGAGAAAAGCAAAAUCCUCUGUGGAGUCUUCCUCUACAGCUGGGCUGGAAGCUCAGAUCAGGCCGGCUGACUGACCCAAGUUCUGGCAGUAGCAGCACCUGUGGAUUGGAAAGUUCAGAACCGGUUUGCAUCUCUCCUCAGAGCUGGUAUGCCUGUGUGAACUACUACUUGUCCGUGCUUCCGUUCCUGGCAGCGGUUCAGACUGGUGUAAUUGGGAAGGGUGAGAUUCAACUGAAAAUCGAGGUUCCAGCAGAUGUGGCUCAAGAUUACUGCUCCAGCUACACUGACUGUUCCACCAAACAUCCCGAUGCCAUGACUAAGUGGGAAAAUCUUUUCCAGUCUUUGAAGGACAUCAGUCACUCUGAUGAGACAGAUUUAAUCAAAAAGGACAAGAUUCUGGGAUUGCUGUGGGCAGCAGAAGAGGCGUCUCUACAAACGGCCUCCUCGGCCUGCAGCGAAAGGCAGAAGCUGUACUCCUCUCCCGAGGUGCGGUUUGGACAGAGCUGGCUCAGCUCAGCAGCAUAUGUAGCAGCUGUUAAUUUCCACGCCAACAUCGAGAGGUCCGAGAAGUUUAUGGCUCCUCUGCCGAGCCGAGUGCUGCAGGAGUCUGAUAAACCACCCCACAUUGCCGAUCUCAGCGCUGAGGAGAACCACACACUCUACAUUUUCGGCUGGAUGCACAGCGUGAAUCAACUGCUUAGUGGUUCCCUCUUGAAUCUCUGGCGGAGUGCUAUGUGUUCACUUCAGGCUCGGGAGAAAGGUCAAAGCCUUCUUCAAGACCUCAUUCUUGACCCCAAGUUCCCUGGAUUCAGUCUCAUGGGAAUCCUGACAGAGAUGACCACCAGCUGCUGACGCAUCAUCUGCUGACAUCACUAAUAAGCAUCAAUAAAUAUAAACACUGGGUAGAAUAAAUCUGCUUCUAGCUGUAAAUAAGAGCUGUUUACAGCAAACAGCUUAUUUCAGCCGUUUGCUGUGUCCACAACAGCUCUGCAUCCCAGAUAAUUUACCCUGACAGUGUAAACAUGCAUCAUUUGUGUCUUUACCAAAAUAAAAAAAAACAGAAAAAAAUCAAA